AGAAAUAUUAGCGUUACUGCGGAGUUGUUCUCCGGCAGAAGCAACCAAUAGUAUCAUGUCAGUCUGCCUACAUUUUUGCAGUGAGAUGAUGUUGUUCUUGUAUUUCGAUUUCCAUUUUCAUCACCUAGGUAGUCUUUGAGAUUGAGUUAUGGUUACGUGCGUGUCCGGGGCGAAGACGUCUUUGCUUGAGGAUCAAUGAUACGCAGAUGUAUGAUUGGUAAUGUUUUUUCCGUCUUUUUUCUCAGAUUCCAGACGAGAGCGCUGGGAGCCGGUUUCGCCGGCGCGCGAUGCAGAGUGGCUAGAGGUUAUGGACUGCACGAGUGAUAACGUGUGCGAGCAACUCGAUGGUGAGGAGGACGACCAAGUAGGUUGUUCCCCACAAGCCUCGACUUCUCUGGUGCUGCCCGCCAUAGCUGAAGUCGCGGAGUCACCUACAAACAAGAAUGACGUUGGUGAAGACGAAGGAGCUGAACCACUGAACCAGGAGUGCGACACGGGUCCAGAGGAUAGUGCCGCGCCGAAAUCAAGAGACUCAUCUCCGCAUACAGUGGACGUAACAGCGCUACGCAGAGCAGUCCAUAACCUGAACUCGGACAAACUGGAAGAAUCCUCGGGAGCCGAAAGAAAAAAAAGCUCCUUUGUUGUCGAGAUCCGCUCUCGUGAGGACGGUCGGGUUGUGCGUGACGGUGAAAUUCUCUCGUUAACUGAUCUUUCGAGUCUCGAUUUUACGCGUGUCCCGCUGGAAAUGAAGAUACAGUCUGCGACACAGCUUGCAGCUGUGGUCGAGCGGCUCAGAGCUAUAGCACAGAGCGUAGCAAAAAGUGAUGGCUCUUCGGACGAUACCGAGAGAGUACUCGAUUUCGUUUAACCUUAAAUACAUCAAAUUGCUUUCAAAACCAAGGAAUUUUUGUGCUGCGCAUUACGAAGAAUCACGAGGUUCAAUGAAUCUUCAAUGUCUUUUGCAUCCGUUCCCUCCUCGGUCUAACGCAUGCUCUGUCACGAAUUCCAAACUGACACUUUUUUAUCAGGGAAUUGGCACGCCAGAACCGUCUACUGGAGCGAUAUCCAAGCCCAAAGUCGCAGUGACGUUGCGAUAUGAAGACAAGGCUCUACAGAAUGCUGCUCUCGCCGAUUUGUUGCAACUCGAGCACGAGGGGACCUGCACAGUGGAGUCCCUCUGCGUUGGCUCGGAAGAAUUGCUGAUAACGUCAAGUAACGUAAGGGAAAUCGUGACCGAAUAUUUGCAAGGUCAGGAUUACUUCAGCGCGGAGGUAGACAGUGUGGAUGAUGAUUGUACAAAUACCGGAAAGCCAAUGAAAACAGCUGCAGCCCAGCAAGAGACUGCGUCCGGCGAAGCGGGGUCGCCUUCUACCACGAAAUGCAAGGACAGGGACGAGUAUGGUGCAGAGGCAGUAAAGAGCAGCGUCACAUCUUCAAAAGACAGCAGCACUGGUAGAGGCGGGGGUUCGGAAUCCCUCGCUGCUUUCUGGAGCGCUGCGACGUCUUUGAUGAUGCCUACCGCUGAAACGUAUGCCGCAAGCAGUACCAGCAAACGAGGACAAACCCCGACCACGUCUGCUCCAGGAGGUGGAGGUCCAGGUCUUGCUCAGCAGGAAGAUCAGAGUGAACAAGAAACAGCUAGUUGUACUACUAGUGCAAAUGCAUCAGGUGGAGGAGAAAUGGUGAAGGAGAAAAAUAGCAAGGUUCUCGGAGCGCUCCACGGAAACUUGCGUAUUCCGUCGAAAAUGGAUGACAGGCUCUUUUCAGGCUACAACGCACGCAACAGCUUCUCCACAGCCCCUCUUGGUGGUGGUGACCGUCAGGCCCACCGGAAGGCAGUGCAGAACUUGAGAUUUUGUAGUACUUUGCGUACUGUGCAGAUGCAAGGAGUCCCUUUAGGAGAACACUUUCUAGGCAACGUGCUGGCGUUGGAGGACGACCCCGAUGCAUGGGAUUCCAUCAAGGCGAAGUCCCCGACUGACAAUGCUCCUUCUACAACUAGUCUCGUAAAGACCACCGCUGCAACAUCAUCCUCCUCGAGUGCUGCACCUACAUCAACUAGUUCGCCUACUGCAGCUCCUGGGACCACAACUUCUAGUUCUACAUCAUCGAGUUCAGCUAGUACAGGUAGUAGUGCUAUUCUUUCGAGGGGACGGCCUUCUGCGAGCAACGAGAAGGCUAAUGGUCUGAACUACAUGCCGAGCCCACUAGUCUGUGGCUCCUUGCAGCGCUUACACCUGAGAUCAUGUGAAGUUGGGAAUCGUGGCGCCCGUGUCGUUGCGCGCUACCUGCUUGGUUGGAACGGAAGAGCGGAAGUACAGACGAAAGAGCAAACGAAGCAAGCAGGCAUAUGUGUUGCAAUUGAGGCAGGCGAAUAUAUCGAGAGCGAUCGGUGUAAUUUGGCUAUUGCGGUCGCUGACCGCGCGAGAGCCAAUUUGUGUACAACAUCCGGUGCAACGACAACAUCGUUGCAGUCCCUCUCUCUCGUUCGUCAGCAAAUUGACUCUCAGGGUUGCUUCGUGCUUGCGCGGGCACUCAGCGGACCCGAGCAACAUCUUGUCGACCUGAAUCUAUCCCAGAACGACAUCGGGCUCGAAGGAGGUGAAGCUUUGGGACACAUGCUAAAGGUAGUAUCAUGUCAUCAUGAUUGAAUUCAUGUAAAAGUAGCAGCAUAUGUAAUUUCUUGCUCAUUCAACCUAUUUGCCAACGCCUUCGGAAAAUUAUGUUCCCAUUUGGGGUUCGGUAACCGUACGCGUCGAAGAAUUUCUUUUUCCUUUGGCGUUCUUCAGGUAAACGAGAGUCUGCGAAAGCUGACACUAAUCAAAUGCUCGUUGGAUGACGGAGCGGCAGAAGCACUAGGGGCAGGGCUGGCGACGAAUGGAAGUCUUCAUGCAUUGCGCCUAUGUAGUAACGAGAUUAGCUCUGACGGAGUCUCCAGAAUUGCGAAGGCGCUUCGGUACUUGUCUAAGUAAAAAGUUCAGAAAACUUACUUAUGCGGAGAAACUUUUUUACUCUUUUUUCAUUUUGCGUUUUUCUAGCAGGAUCUUACUUUCUGAGUUGUGUCUUUUUGCGAGUCGCCACACGGUUGUCCUUUCCUGUUCUUGUUGCAUUUCGCUAAAUUUCAUCGCUUAAUGCCACUACAACACAGGACUUCGAAGCCAGUAUUGCGCGUUCUUGAUUUGGCUCACAACCGCGUCGGGGUUCCCGGUGCUGUGGCAUUAGCGGGCUCCUUGGCCAAGCUGCGUGUGCUUCUGCUCGAUGGGAACAGCAUGCUGCAGGAUCGAGGUGUCAGCGCCAUUGUGUCCUCUGCGGGUUUCGGAGAUAAGCACAGCGACAGUGGCCUUGUGGCGCUGGGGCUUUCGGAUUGCGGUGCGAGUGCCGCUGCGGGUGAGCACGUUGCGCCCUUGUUGAGGAGGACGCGAACGCUGCGGUGCCUCAGAUUAGGGGGGAAUGCAUUGGGCCCGAGUGGGCUCGACUGCUUCCAAACGCUGGGGCCCCUCAAAAGGCUCGAGUUGCAGCGUUGUGGGCUCGGCGACGCCGGGUCGAUGGCACUGGCGCGACUGCUGCGAGGAAACAAAACGCUCACGGAACUGCGACUUCAACAGAACGGGAUCGGUUCGGAGGGGGG